CGCUUAAGCAGUUUUUACCUAAUUCCAAUAGAGAAAAUGUGGUGGCAGAUAUGUGCAGCUGCUGCUGUUGUUGUUGUUGGUACAACUAGCGCCACCCAUCCACACAAUGUGAAAGCACUAGCCGACCAAUGGCAGAAUAAGGAGAGUCCUGAGAUUUGUAUUGCACUUCACUGUGCUUUCCAGUCAGGUGCUUGUGUUUUCGAUUCACAGUGCUUUGCUGCUUUACAGUGUAUGCUGGACUGUGAGGGUAGGGAGGAUGAGCUGCAAUGUCAGUUUGAAUGUGAGAUGACGCUCGGAAAUGGAAACGAAGCGUUUGAAAAUCUUCUCCGGUGCAUGGCUGAAAAUGGUUGUUUCCCCGAGGUGCCUCCAGAUGGACUCUGCCUUGCAAGUGAAAGGGAUACUGUGCAGGAAAUCACUGAUAUAGCUAUGGUAGCCGGCAGCUGGUGGGUCGUCAGAGGACUUAAUUGUGGUCAGGAGGGUUGGCCGGGAGCAUACGAUUGGUAUCCAUGUCAGCGUGCUAGAUAUAUACUGCUGGAGGAUGGUUGGGUAAACAACACAACGUACUGCGGUGGAAUAGAUUCAGUUUGUACAACAGAAACAAUUGUUACAAUGCCUCAAGCAACCCUUCCUGCUCCUGGACUCAUUAGAUUAGAGUACUUAGACGAACCCUUAUUACCACAGAUUGAGAGAUGGCAUAUAGUGUCUAAACCAAGUGAAGAUUAUAUGAUGGUGAUCUGGUGUGGAGAUAACCCAGCUCUUAGUUAUAACGGUGGAUUUGUAGUCUCCAGAUUUAGAACAGAGAACGAUUUGCCAGCUGAGAUUGAGGAAGAGUUUAGAAGCGUAGCUGCGUCAUUUGGAAUAGAAUAUGACGCAAUGUGCGUCACUGACAACACGAACUGUGAUGGAGAACCAUAAAUUAAUUAUAAUGAUUAUUGUUCAUAAUUUUUAAUAAAAACUAUUAGACAUUUUUA